AUGUCAUCCGUGCCAUGGAGUCCAUCACCUUUGUUCCAGCCGGACAGAGAGGAGAUGAAGAAAGUGCUUGACAAGUUUGAUAGCAUCAAGGAUGGAACAUCUCUCAGCAGGAGCACAAGGCGCUGGGGAUUGGGAAUAUUAUCCGUCAUCGACCUUCAGGGGAACUCACACACCGUCGGUUGUUUUAAAGACAUUGAAUUGGCUAAAGUCCCCAAGACCUCUAGCGAAGUCAGGAUGAAUGAGGAUGAAGAUGCAAAAGUUGAAGGAACUGGUUCAGGCUUCAUUUGGGAUGAAUUUGGUCACAUUGUUACCAAUUACCAUGUUGUUGCUAAAUUGGCUACUGAUGUUGGUGGUUUACAACGUUGUAAGGUGUUUCUAGUUGAUGCCAGGGGAAAUAACUUUGUCAGGGAAGGGAAGAUAGUUGGCUUUGACCCAGCAUACGACCUGGCUGUUCUCAAGGUCGAUGUUGAUGGGUACGAAAUAAAACCUGCAGUUCUUGGAACAUCUAAAGAUGUACAUGUUGGUCAGAGCUGCUUUGCUAUUGGGAAUCCUUAUGGAUAUGAGAACACUCUGACAACAGGGGUCAUCAGUGGUUUAGGCCGGGAGAUUCCUGCACCAAAUGGGGGAGCUAUUAAGGGGGCUAUUCAAACCGAUGCAGCUAUUAACGCAGGGAAUUCAGGUGGACCAUUGAUUGAUUCUUACGGGCACGUUAUUGGAGUAAACACAGCAACAUUCACUAGAAAAGGGACUGGAGUGUCAUCUGGUGUGAACUUUGCAAUUCCCAUCGACACUGUUCUCAGGAGCGUGCCUUACCUUAUUGUGUACGGAACACCCUAUACUAACAGGUUUUGAUAAAUGUUAGGUGUCAAUUACAUAAACAUUGAGAUUCAGUUUUGGGAUUCAUUUUGUUGGUCAAAUCCCAUGCCUGUAUUAUCUAAAGCUGACAAUCAGUAAUCUGAUUUAUCCAUUGAUUACAUUACAUGUCCGUAAGAUUUCCUUAAUUAAAUGAAAUGGGCGUGCUCGGACUAAAUCUACAUUUGGAAAA